AGAAGCGGGGGGGAGAUGUGUCACCAGCACGCCGUGCCCAGAUGUGCUCCAGCCCCGGGCCCCUCCGCAGGGCUCCGGCACGGACGGCCCCAGCGGCUGCCGCAGCCCCGCUGCCCCCCGCCUGGCGCGAGGCCGAGCGCCUGGGGAGGGGCCGCCGCGCUGGGGCAGGGGGUGGGACGUGAGGUCGGCCAGGAUAAACAGAGGCCCCAGAGUCGGAGCGCGGCGGCACCGCCGGCGCACACCGCAGAGCGCUGCAAUAACAGCCCGGGGCCGCCGCCGCUGUCAAAGGGCCCUUCUUCUGCCCGGCGGGGGGGGGAGCGGGGCCGGCGUCCUGCAGGCGCUGAGGGCGGCUCGGCCCUGCCCUGCCUGCCCCGGGCUGUCACCGUGGGGCCGAGCUCGCAGCUGGGCGCCAGGCACGAAGGCCCCUCCCGGCCCCGCAGCGCGCACAUGGUCGGAGCCCGCGCCGGCCUGGCCACACCCCCCUUUUGCCUCUGGCCACGCCCCCCGCCCCUGGCCACGCCCCCUUGCCCCUCUCGCUCCGUUUUGCCCCGUACUCCUCUUGCCCCGCCCCGCGCUCACCCCCGCCAAUGGGAACCGCGCCAGGACGCGGCACCGCCAAUCAGCGCGCGGGAAGAACGGGCGCGGCGCGCGUUCACCGUCCCCAUGGAGAUGCGGGACGCGGCCAUGCAACACGGAGCGCGGAGGGGGCCCGAGACCCCCCAGGGGGUGGCUCUGACCGGCCACGUCGUUCCUGUGGACCCCGCGGAUGGACCCCCGCGUGGGAUCCGGCUGCGGGGUGAGGUGCUGCUGCCCGUGGUGUCCCCGUGCUGCGGAGACACAGUGGUGGCUGUGGCCGAGGAGCCCCAGGAGGUGAUGACGACCCCGACCGAGGACUCGCCCGAGGGGGUGGACACAGAAGAGGACGACCACGAGGUGCCACUGACUCAGACCGAGGAGUCGGUGCCCACAACCAAGGAGCUCCCUGAGGUGCCGGCAGAGCAGCUGAGACGCAGUGUGCCGCGGGGGACCUGCCUGAUCCACAACUGGCAGGAGGAGAGAGCUACCAACCACCUGGACGAUGUGGUACCACCGCAGUUGGGCAGUGAGGGCUUCGUCCACCGGUACGGCCACCGCGGGCUGCUGGCCCCCCUGCACCCACCGGUCCCAUGGCCCUGCAGCACCACCAAGGAUGCCUUCCGCCCACCCCACAGAAUCUCAGUGCCGGCACGAGGGCAGCGGGAGGCCAUGCUGGAGUGGAUGCUGUACCAGAAGUACCAGCAGGAGCUGAUGGAGGAGAUCCACUCACCGCCUAGUCCCAUGGAGAUCCUCUCUACCACUCACCGAGAUUACCAGGCAGGGGGCUUCCAGCCCACCCCCCCAACCACCACCCAGCCCCACAACUACCACAUGGAGCAGCCCCGCAGCUUCUGGCUGGAGCGAGCCCACAGCCUGCCCGGUGUCACUUGCAUCCGCACUGGAGACAGCCCCUUCCGCAGGAACGCUGCCUUCUCCACCCCCAUCACUGAGUACCUGGAGCAGCCCCUGCCCUAUGAGGCAGCGAGCCGCCGGCCGUGGCCCAGCAUGCAAUAAAGAACAGGGGCCAGCUCUGCUCCUGGCACCAUGGUGUUCUCCA